GUCCCGGGAGCUCGCAGUCUCUGGUGGCAAACUUAAGCGUCUCUCUUUCUACGACGUGGCAAAAGAGAUAAGCAGGGCUAACAACUGUUUGGAAGAAGAGAAUCAAGAGAUUUAUCUCAUGGAAACUCUCCUCUCCUCCACAACUCUUCAACUCAAACCCACACCUCUUCAUCUUCAACCUUUCAAUUCUUUGUUUCCCAAAGAAACCCUUUUGAGUUCUUCUGUAUUCGAACUAAAAUAUAGCAGAAAAUCAAAACUUGGUGUUCAUAAAGGCACAUUGUCUCAAGGGCCAGCUUUUAAAGUCUUUGCUAGUUCCCAGGCUGCACCUGCAUCAGCUGAAGUUUCAACAAGCUCUUCAAUACCCCCUUCAAUGAAGGCUUGGGUUUAUAGUGAAUAUGGAGGAGUUGAAGUUUUGAAGUUUGAUGACAAUGUUGCAGUGCCUGAAAUUAAGGAUGAUCAAGUCCUGAUUAAGGUCGCUGCAGCUGCUUUAAACCCUAUUGAUUUCAAGAGGAGACUUGGCAAAUUCAAGGCCACUGAUUCACCUCUUCCAACCGUUCCAGGUUAUGAUGUUGCUGGUGUGGUAGUUAAAGUGGGUAGCCAAGUAAAGGGCCUUAAAGGAGGAGAUGAAGUAUACGGGGAUAUCAAUGAGAAACCAUUAGAAGGACCUAAACAGUUUGGGUCACUGGCAGAAUAUACUGCUGUGGAGGAGAAGCUAUUGGCUCUGAAACCCAAGGGCAUUGAUUUCGUUCAGGCUGCGGCUCUUCCUCUUGCAAUAGAAACAGCCUAUGAAGGCCUGGAAAGGGCUGGAUUUUCUGCUGGCAAAUCCAUCCUUGUUUUAGGAGGUGCUGGUGGUGUUGGAUCCUUCGUUAUUCAGCUGGCAAAACAUGUCUUUGGUGCUUCGAAAGUAGCAGCUACUUCUAGCACUGGAAAAUUGGAAUUGCUUAGAAGCCUGGGUGCUGAUUUGGCAAUUGACUAUACCAAGGAGAACUUUGAAGACCUACCAGAGAAAUUCGACGUGGUUUAUGAUGCAGUUGGGCAGGGUGAGAAGGCAGCAAAGGCAGUGAAGGAAGGGGGCAAUGUGGUGUUCCUAACUGGUGCUGUCGUGCCUCCGGGCUUCAGAUUUGUGGUGACUUCUAAUGGUGGAACUUUGACAAAACUCAAUGCAUUCCUUGAGAGUGGACAAGUGAAACCAGUAGUGGAUCCCAAAGGACCAUUCGCGUUUUCAAAGGUUGUUGAAGCUUUCUCUUACCUUGAAACAAACCGAGCUACAGGAAAGGUAGUAAUACAUCCAAUUCCAUGAGACGAAUACCCAGGCUGUUGAUGGCAUGACAUCUAUAGUUAUAGUCUGGUAAGGACCAAAAGCUCCUUGAUUAUAGAUAUAUAUAUAAAUGUUUAUGGCGCAGCUAAUGGUGAUUUAGUUAGAUGCUGGUUGUAUCUUGCGACCUUUUUCACUCGGUAACUCGGUUCUUUAGCAUGCUAGAGAAAAUAAUCCAAAAGGAAAAAAAAAAAAAA